GCGGUGCGAGCGGCGGCCGCUGGGCGCUUCCCCGCGCUGCUGGGUGCUCUGCGCCUCCGCGGCCCCCGGCUCCCGGCGGCAGCUUCCUAGCGCGCGCGGGGCGCGGGGUGCGGGGCCCGGGGCUUGCUUCGCUGAAGGGGUUGCUGAACUAACUUCCAAGCUGGUGUGCGGCGUGGCAGAGCAGUGGCCGCCCAGGAGCUGGAGUCACCAUGGCGGCCGGAGUCGCAGCCUGGCUGCCCUUCGCGCGGGCUGCGGCCAUCGGGUGGAUGCCGGUGGCCAACUGCCCCAUGCCCCUAGCCCCGGCCGACAAGAACAAGCGGCAGGAUGAACUGAUCGUCCUCAAUGUGAGCGGGCGGAGGUUCCAGACGUGGCGGACCACGCUGGAGCGCUACCCAGACACACUGCUGGGCAGCACGGAGAAGGAGUUCUUUUUCAACGAGGACACCAAGGAGUACUUCUUCGACCGGGAUCCAGAAGUGUUCCGCUGCGUCCUCAACUUCUACCGCACUGGCAAACUGCACUACCCGCGCUACGAGUGCAUCUCCGCCUACGACGACGAGCUGGCUUUCUACGGCAUUCUGCCUGAGAUAAUCGGUGACUGCUGCUACGAGGAGUACAAGGACCGCAAGAGGGAGAACGCCGAGCGGCUCAUGGACGACAACGACUCGGAGAACAACCAGGAGUCCAUGCCCUCGCUCAGCUUCCGCCAGACCAUGUGGCGGGCCUUCGAGAACCCGCACACCAGCACGCUGGCCUUGGUCUUCUACUACGUGACUGGCUUCUUCAUCGCCGUCUCGGUCAUCACCAACGUGGUGGAGACGGUGCCGUGCGGCACGGUGCCCGGGAGCAAGGAGCUGCCGUGCGGCGAGCGCUACUCCGUGGCCUUCUUUUGUCUGGACACAGCCUGCGUCAUGAUCUUCACGGUGGAGUACCUUCUCCGGCUUUUCGCGGCGCCCAGCCGCUACCGCUUCAUCCGCAGCGUGAUGAGUAUCAUCGACGUGGUGGCCAUCAUGCCCUAUUACAUCGGCCUCGUCAUGACCAACAACGAGGACGUGUCAGGCGCCUUCGUCACGCUCCGGGUCUUCCGCGUCUUCAGGAUCUUCAAGUUCUCGCGCCACUCCCAGGGCUUGCGGAUCCUGGGCUACACCCUGAAGAGCUGUGCCUCGGAGCUCGGCUUCCUCCUCUUCUCCCUCACCAUGGCCAUCAUCAUCUUUGCCACUGUGAUGUUUUACGCCGAGAAGGGCUCCUCCGCCAGCAAGUUCACAAGCAUCCCCGCCUCGUUUUGGUACACCAUCGUCACCAUGACAACACUGGGAUAUGGAGACAUGGUGCCCAAGACGAUUGCAGGAAAGAUCUUCGGUUCCAUCUGCUCGCUGAGCGGUGUCCUCGUCAUUGCCCUGCCGGUCCCUGUGAUUGUUUCCAACUUCAGCCGGAUUUACCACCAGAAUCAGAGAGCGGAUAAACGCAGGGCACAGAAGAAGGCCCGCCUUGCCAGGAUCCGUGUGGCCAAAACUGGCAGCUCCAACGCCUACCUGCACAGCAAGCGCAACGGACUCCUCAACGAAGCGCUGGAGCUGAUGGGCACCCCAGAAGAGGAGCACAUGGGCAAGACAACCUCACUCAUCGAGAGCCAGCACCAUCACCUGCUGCACUGCCUGGAAAAAACCACUGGGUUGUCCUAUCUUGUGGAUGAUCCCCUGUUAUCUGUACGAACCUCCACCAUCAAGAACCACGAGUUCAUAGAUGAGCAGAUGUUUGAGCAGAACUGCAUGGAGAGUUCAAUGCAGAACUACCCAUCCACACGGAGUCCUUCGUUGUCCAGCCACCCAGGCCUCACAACCACCUGCUGCUCCCGUCGUAGUAAGAAAACCACACACCUGCCCAAUUCCAACUUGCCGGCCACCCGCCUGCGCAGCAUGCAAGAGCUCAGCACGAUCCACAUCCAGGGCAGCGAGCAGCCCUCCCUCACUACCAGUCGUUCCAGCCUUAAUUUGAAAGCAGAUGACGGACUGAGACCAAACUGCAAAACAUCCCAGAUCACCACAGCCAUCAUCAGCAUCCCCACUCCCCCAGCACUAACCCCAGAAGGCGAAAGUCGGCCACCCCCUGCCAGCCCGGGCCCCAACACGAACAUUCCUUCCAUAGCCAGCAAUGUUGUCAAGGUCUCUGCCUUGUAAAACCACUGGACAGAGGGCCAGUGCAGGUAGUGGGAGUGAAGGGGGCUGGCAUGUUGGUGGGUGGCCACUGGGACCACUCCCUCCCCCUUCCCCACUAUUCCUGCCCGCCCUGUUGCACCCCUAGCACUGAAACUUGUGCCUGGAAGAGAAGGAGGCAGCGAAGGGGCACGUGAGGUUCACUGCUGCUGGCGUGGACACAGCCCUGAGCUACUGCAUCUCGCUGGGGCCAGAGGAAGGGAGGAUGGGUGGGGGUAGGGAUGGGAUGUAGGGGUACAGGCUGUGAACCAGGCCAGGGCCCGGAGGGGGGAGCCUCAGACCAAAUAACAGAUGUUUCUGGAGACCCCAGUGAGGAAAAUACAAGACCAAGAGCAGCACAGAGGCCGAGUUUUCACGUGCAAAACGGGAAGAAAAUAUAACACUGUGUAUUUAAGCACCUUUUUCAAGGCUCUUAAUGGAUAAUAUUUAUUCAUGGGAAAAGGUGGAAAACAAAAACACCAACGGAGUUUUGUGAAAUGUUUUUCUCCAUGGACCCAAUACCUUUGAACCAAAACUGCAUUUUGUGAGGGUUUUUGUUUUUGUUUUUUCUCUCUCUCCUUUUAUAGCAAAAGCUUUUAGGCUAAGAAGUCAGUUACUGCUGAGUUCUCUCUUCGUUCCCCCAGGUAGAUGAGGUCAAAUGAGUCUGGGCCCCACUGCCCAGCUGACCUGCACAGAGCUGCCAAGUGACCACACAGCAACACUCACCCUCUGUCUGUCCCUGUCUGCUUUGUCUCUGUACCUCUCUGCUUCACCCCCUGGGUGUUUUUCUCUGUGUCUAGCCAUCUGUCUCAACAUGGACCCCGGUGAUCCUGAGACAUGUUAAAGAAGGUCUUCUCCACUGCCAGGCACCUACAGACUCAUGCCCGGGAGUUCUAUUUAUGUGAAUGCAGUGGUGGAAGAGAACAGAACAGAGCAAAAAUGGGCAUUUAGGGAUGAGGGACAUCUACCUUAAAGAGCAGAGUGCUUCCCUUGUGAUUGGAACCACUGGUGUUUGAAGUUUGCAUUUCUGGAGAAGAAAGAGAAUGACCAGAUUUAUCACAUUGGGAUCUUGAAAAAGGAAACAGCCAACACUGGAGAGGCACAGGAAAUUUCGGCCUGUGUGCCAGUGGAGAGAGAACAGAAGAACCCAGGGCUCCCAGCAGCAGCCGGCCCCUGUGGCACCUUGCUCUGCACCCCUCUUUCAGCACCCACCAUAAAGCCCAUCCAGAGCUCUGCCAAAAGGCUCCAUGAGCAGUUAACCACUGAGAAGGCAGUGGUAUGGGGACCAAGCUCUGACUUAUCUCAUACCUGAGGCAACUCCCACAGAGGCUGCAGAAGGUUAAGCCUGGGUGCCUCAUGAAGGAUUCUCCAGAGUGAAAGCAAGUGAGAGAUCAUAGAUGAUAUACUUACCUGGUCUGAAUGAUGCCUUGGGGUCUGAAGAGUCUUUAGGCCAGCUGUCCCUGAAGAUAACUGAAAUGGGGGAGAAGCCUGAUCACCUCCCUGAAAGUGAGGAAGUAAUUAUUUCCGGAAAACCCAGACACAUUUCUGUGCAAGUGGUUUGUAGCCAUGUGGGGCUGGGAACACUAUUUCUGGAAUCCAAUCAAUUUUCACUGCUUUUAGCAGAGCAGGUGGGCCUUGGGGUUAGUGACAAAGCCCUUACCACCCUUCCUAAACCCUAGCUAGCCUAUUGCAGUCUCUCUAGCCUGGAUUCUGAGAUACAGGAGUUCCUCAAGAACUCUAUCCAUUCAGCAACUUAGUGAUUAGCUGUUUAAUCAUGGGCCGAGAAUUUUUCUUCCCACCAGAGGCAUCCAGAGGAGUUUCACUAGCCUGGAACCUAAAAAUUACCUUCAUUGGCUUCCCUAUGACCCCAGCUCUAUUGACCCUGCAGAAGGAGAAAGUCAAAGGGUUAUGAGGUGACACCUAACCAGAAGGUGAGCAGAAGGGCAGAGGAGAGGGAGCCUUCUACUUCACGCUGUCCUCAUUGGUCACUGACUGGGUCCUUUCUCUGAUUUCCCCCUAACCCAAGAAUGGGGUGGUUCUGGCCCUCUGAGCUCAUGGUAGAAGUAGACAGAAAGGCUUUACAACUACAGAGGAAUUUGUGUGUAUACACAAACACACAACAACCUAAACACUCGGGAAUAAGUUCUUCAACCCAUUCAUGUCAUACAUAUGUCUCAUUAGGGAAGGCAGAGGACUGGGCUGGACUCCAUUUAAAUGGCAGGCCAAGCACUAGAAAAGGAACUUUUCUCUUGAAAGAAUGGAUAAUGGAACAAAGUUAGGAAGGUCUAAAGUUUCUAAGUAUGUAUCAUGAGAACUGAAUGGGGUAAAGGAUAAAGAGGUAAAUAGGAGCAUGGUUACAUAUACAUACGAAUGAACUGUGUUUAAGAACAGAUCAUCACAGGGUUAGAAUAAUGACUGCUCCAACCUGGGACCUGUUUGGUAGUGUACUGGGGGAGCAUAUUAGUGGUUCCCAUAAAAAUUAAUGAAGAAAUUUAAAAAAUCAUGUCCCAAAUAAUUUCCUGUUGUUUUUUGACCCUAAUGAACUGAAUGUUUUGUAUUCCUUAAACUUCAUUUCCAAAUCUCACAUUAUACCAGGUCCUAAACGACCACUGGGGCUUCCCUGGUGGCUCAGAUGGUAAAGCCUCUGCCUGCAGUGCAGGUGACCCGGGUUCAAUCCCUGGGUUGGGAAGAUCCCCUGGAGAAGGAAAUGGCAACCCACUCCAGUACUCUUGUCUGGAAAAUUCCAUGGACGGAGGAGCCUGAUAGGCUACAGUCCAUGGGGUCACAAGGAUUUGGACAUGACUGAGCAACUUCACUUCACAGCUGAUAAAAAGCUUGGGUUGUCUCAGUGGGGUGGAUUUGCUCCUGGAAGGAUUUCACCUGGAUUUCAAAGGACCAUUAGACUAACCCCUUCAGCUCCAUCCCUCAAUGUAGCCUUAGCCAAAGAUGAGAAAUCCACUUCACUCAAGAAAAUGGCUUGUCUACACAACGGAAUACAGCCAGAAGGGCCAAUACUGCUAAAGGGUAUUUGUAAGUAAACAAAAAGGCCAAAUGUGCCACGUCAGUUUAAUGUCUAACUUAAUGGCCAGUGACUGAAGAAAUGGGAUCUUAUCAGGGUUUCCAGGGGACAAUGGCUUUCUGGGGAAAUGGCUUGAGCUUUCAUAGUUCUUUAAUGAACUACUUCAGCAUAAUAGAAGAUUCACAAAACUACCCAUUCAAUCCUACUUAAUAUUAGGGAGGGUUAAAAACAAACCAAUAGGCUACAUUCAAAUGAAUGGAAACUUAGAAAACACGGAAUUAAGAGUAUAUCAAACUAGAAGAGAUUAGAGACUAUCUAUCUAAGUCAUUUUACAGUAUAGGCUGAUGCCCAGAGAAAUUAAGUGACCUGCUCAAGGUCAUGAGGUCAUUUAAUGACAGGGCUGGGAUCAGAACCCAAGUCCCUUGUAUAUUCGUCUAAUGCUUUUUCCAUUACACGCAUUGCCUCUCAG